AUGUCGAAGCAAGCUCGUGCGGUGCUCCAGGACGAAGGUCGUGCGGUGGACCUCUACUUCGGGAAAAACAAGGCCCAGAUGAGAAUGAUGACACUGAAGCAUGCUUUCGCUUUGUCUGCGAAUGCAACAGUCUGCGAGCACGUCGCCCUGCACGGUUGGGUUCACAAGGGCCUAGAGCCUGAUGGACGUUUCCUGGACGCUCAAGCCCUGGUCCAAGGCAGAGUCGUGCAGUUGAGGCUCGGUGACAGCAGCUCCCCUGCAGACUCCAAGCAGCCCUCGGACACACCAGGGAAACUUUUGCGGAAGGAAGAGAUGGCCAUGCUAACACAGCGAAGUGUCAGCGACCAGCUCAACUGA